CGACCGACCUGCAAAACGUAAAAACAGCACCAGAAAUUGAAAUUCUAAUCCCUCAAAAGAGAAAGAAAUCGACAAGGUGCCAGUUUUGUAGUGCUGUUCAGUAUAUGGUUUCUUCAACUAUAUAAUGGAGAAGAAGCAAGGGAUUGCUGAGACUAUUGAUCUUGACAAGACUACGGUCACUUUGGAAGCUGAGAAGAGCAGCAAUGGGGGUUUGUACCUUCCCGGGAAGGACAGAGUUGUAUUUAAACCUCCCGAGAGGAAAUCCAUACUAGGGCUUGAUGUCCUAGCUAAUGCAAAGCGGGGAGAGUCGAAGGUUGAUGGCGGCUUUAAAGUCCCGAGAGAUAGAGUUUCUUCUCUUGUGGCAUCUAUGGAGGAAGAGGAGAACAAUGGAUCCACUGUAACAGACGAAACUGGGAGUAAUACAUUCUCUGGUAAACGUAAUCCUGCUAGCAGGCGAUAUCGUGAAGUGGCCAUGGAUGAGACACUGGAUAGAGAAAGUACAGUAACAGAAGAAGAACAAGUCAGAGAACAUAAACCUUCAGACGGUUCUCAGAGCAUACGGUCAAGGAGCCCUAGGUAUGAAAUGGAUGACUAUGUUAGUGAGAGAAGAAGGUAUAGGGACGACAAAGAUGGCCGUGGUAGAGAUUACAAGGUGCGCUAUGACAGGGAUGACCGUCGCGGUGAAAGAAGGGAUUACAGGGAUGACAGAUCUGACAACAGGAGGGUAAUCCACAGACAUAGUAAUGAUGAGAACUAUCAUUCUUAUGGUAGGGAAACAUCUGGCAGAUAUGAACAAGGGUAUGGUGGAGAUUAUGGAAGAAAGCGAAGUAGAUAUGAAAGUUCAAAGAGGGGAUCUGGCAGAUCUGACUGGGAUGAUGGGAAAUGGGAAUGGGAAGAUACACCCCGUCGAGAUGGCUACUCUAGUUCUAGCAGGCGCCAUCAACCUUCACCAUCCCCUAUGCUGGUUGGGGCCUCACCUGAUGCAAGACUUGUAUCCCCAUGGUUAGGUGGCCAUACCCCUCAUUCUUCUGGUUCUAAUGCUUCUGCCUGGGACCAUGUCUCACCAUCCCCAGUUCCAAUACGCGCUUCUGGAUCUUCAGUCAGGACUUCAAGUUCUAGACACAAUGGGAGGUCCUAUCAGCCUUUUUCUGCAGAAGCUUCACAAUCGUACGAGGAUGAAGGAAUGGGAAAGAAUGAUUCAGCUGAAGAACACAAGUAUGAGAUUUCUGAAAGUAUGCGCUUAGAGAUGGAAUAUGAUGCUGACCGUGCAUGGUAUGACAGAGAAGAAGGUAACGCAAUGUUUGAUACUGAUAGCUCAUCAUUUUUUCUCGGAGACGAAGCUUCAUUUCAAAAGAAAGAAGCAGAGUUAGCCAAAAGACUGGUGCGGAAAGAUGGAACUAAGAUGUCACUUUCUCAAAGCAAAAAGUUGUCUCAACGCACUGCUGAUAAUGCUCAGUGGGAAGACAGACAACUAUUGAGGUCAGGUGCUGUUCGUGGCACUGAGGUACAGACUGAGUUUGAUGAUGAAGAUGAACGCAAGGUCAUUCUUCUUGUACAUGAUACGAAACCUCCGUUCCUUGAUGGGAGGGUUGUUUUUACUAAGCAAGCAGAGCCAAUAAUGCCAAUAAAGGAUUCUACAUCUGAUAUGGCUAUAAUUUCACGCAAAGGAUCCGCUCUAGUAAGGGAAAUCCAUGAGAAGCAAAGUAUGAACAAAUCACGCCAGCGCUUUUGGGAGCUUGCAGGCUCCAAACUUGGUGAUAUCCUCGGCGUUGAGAAAACGGCGGAGCAGAUUGAUGCAGAUACCGCAGCUGUAGGAGAACAUGGUGAAAUUGAUUUCAAGGAAGAAGCAAAGUUUGCACAACAUUUGAAGAAGGGGGAAGCUGUGAGUGACUUUGCAAAGACAAAAACCUUGUCACAGCAACGGCAGUAUCUGCCCAUCUACUCAGUUCGGGAUGAGUUACUGCAGGUAGUUCGUGAAAAUCAGGUCAUUGUCGUUGUUGGAGAAACUGGUUCAGGAAAGACAACUCAAUUGACGCAGUAUUUACAUGAAGAUGGCUACACUACAAAUGGGAUUGUGGGAUGCACCCAACCUAGGCGUGUGGCAGCAAUGAGUGUUGCAAAAAGAGUCAGUGAGGAGAUGGAGACUGAGCUUGGUGAUAAAGUUGGUUAUGCUAUUCGUUUUGAGGAUGUGACAGGGCCAAAUACUAUAAUAAAGUACAUGACGGAUGGAGUACUUCUGCGUGAGACACUUAAGGAUGCUGAUCUUGAGAAGUAUAGGGUCAUUGUGAUGGAUGAAGCCCAUGAGCGAUCACUGAGUACAGAUGUUCUUUUUGGAAUUUUGAAAAAGGUUGUUGCCCAGCGUCGUGAUUUCAAGCUCAUUGUGACAUCUGCUACUCUCAAUGCACAAAAAUUUUCAAAUUUUUUCGGAAGUGUUCCAAUAUUUCACAUUCCCGGGAGAACAUUUCCUGUUAAUACAUUGUACAGCAAAAGCCCGUGUGAAGAUUAUGUUGAAGGUGCAGUGAAGCAAGCUAUGACUAUUCAUAUUACUAGCCCUCCAGGCGAUGUUCUCAUUUUUAUGACUGGCCAAGAUGAAAUUGAGGCAGCUUGUUAUUCCUUGGCGGAACGCAUGGAACAACUUAUCUCAUCCACAAAGAAAGCAGUUCCAAAGCUCUUGAUACUCCCCAUAUAUUCACAGCUUCCAGCUGACUUGCAAGCAAAAAUAUUUGAAAAAGCUGAAGAUGGAGCUCGGAAGUGUAUUGUGGCCACCAACAUUGCUGAGACGUCUUUGACAGUAGAUGGAAUAUUGUAUGUCAUUGACACGGGAUAUGGAAAAAUGAAGGUCUACAAUCCUAGGAUGGGUAUGGAUGCCUUGCAAGUAUUCCCUGUCAGUCGUGCUGCUGCUGACCAGCGUGCUGGAAGAGCUGGAAGAACUGGGCCAGGUACAUGUUAUCGGUUGUACACAGAAAGUGCAUACCUAAACGAGAUGUUGCCCAGUCCUGUGCCAGAGAUCCAAAGGACCAACCUUGGAAAUGUUGUCUUGUUGCUCAAAUCUCUGAAAGUUGAGAACUUACUUGAUUUUGAUUUCAUGGAUCCGCCUCCUCAAGACAAUAUCCUAAAUUCUAUGUACCAAUUAUGGGUCUUGGGUGCUCUUAACAAUGUUGGAAGCUUGACCGACCUUGGAUGGAAAAUGGUGGAGUUCCCAUUGGAUCCCCCUCUUGCUAAGAUGCUUUUGAUGGGUGAACAGUUGGGCUGUGUAGAUGAGGUUUUGACUAUUGUUUCAAUGCUUUCGGUGCCAUCAGUAUUCUUCAGGCCCAAAGACAGGGCAGAGGAGAGUGACGCUGCGCGUGAGAAAUUCUUCAUUCCAGAGUCUGACCACUUGACGCUCUAUAAUGUUUAUCAACAAUGGAAACAACAUGAUUAUCGAGGAGACUGGUGCAAUGACCAUUUUUUGCAUGUUAAAGGUUUACGGAAAGCUAGAGAGGUAAGAUCACAGCUGCUGGAUAUUUUGAAGACGCUGAAAAUUCCUUUGACAUCAUCAUGGCCCGAUACAGACAUUGUGCGAAAAGCCAUUUGUUCUGCAUAUUUUCACAAUUCGGCGAGAUUAAAGGGUGUGGGAGAAUAUAUCAAUUCCAGGAAUGGAAUGCCAUGCCAUUUACAUCCCAGCAGUGCUCUCUAUGGCAUGGGUUGCACACCAGACUAUGUAGUGUACCAUGAAUUGAUUUUGACGGCGAAAGAAUAUAUGCAGUGUGCAACGGCAGUGGAGCCGCAGUGGCUCGCUGAACUGGGGCCCAUGUUCUUUUCUGUUAAGGACUCGGACACGUCAUUGUUGGAGCACAAGAAGAGACAAAAGGAAGAGAAGACAGCCAUGGAGGAAGAGAUGGAGAAUCUGAGGAAGGAGCAAGCUGAGUUGGAGAGAGUAAACAAGGAGGAGGAGAGGGAAAAGAGGGCUAAGCAACAGCAGCGUGUGGCAACGCCAGGGUUGUUGCCCAAGGGAACUUCGACCUAUCUGAGACCAAAGAGGCUCGGUUUGUAGAUGUGAAAUGUAUUAUGCUUAAUAGAUGAAUCUUUUUUUUUUUUUCCCUGAAAAGGCAAGUGUUGUAAAUUUAUGACUUAAACACGAGUUUUUACCCUAUUUUCAAGAGAGAGGGUAAAUGAAAAAGAAAAUAAAACCUUCAUUUACUUUUAUUUUUCCGUAAUUUGUAAAUUUAUCCAUUGCAAUACAAACUUAAAAGUGUCGUGUCAUGUGGUCGGAUAGUGCUUUUUCUUGGUCA